UGAUUUCUGCAAGAAGAAAUACAUUCAGUCAGGAGUCUUGAUGAUGCAACAGACAAUUAAUAACCUGAAUAGCAUGUUUAUUCUCUUAAUUAACCUUAAGAAUGCAAACCUUAUUAACUGAACGCUUAAUCUUGCCGUCUUGUUUUGUUGAAAAACAGAACAGAUGCUAACUUGGAGCAGCGAGAAGAAAAUGACAUCAAUCCCGCUCAUCACAUGACUUUUUAUGCCGUUAAAUCAUCAAACAGAUUAUUUAUGUUCUGAAGGUUUGUAAUGACACACUAAGAAUGAUUCUUUCAAGCAAAACAAACAGCAAAGAUAGCUACUAGCAGCGCGACUACAAAUCAACCGAUGACCUCUAAAGUUGCAUUUCACCUCAGACAAAUGCAACACAUCACGACUGAAACUACAAUCAACAGAGAUCCAGCAGCAGCAGAAAUCAACACUAUGUACGAUAAAGAAUCGUGGACAGAACGACGAACUGCGCAUGCGCAUGCAUCCUCAGAUAAGCAGAGGAGCUGUGAAAGAGCAGACGAAACUCUCCCGGUCUUCUGACAUUAUUCCUGUUUUACAGGUAACAGUAAUCUGUCUGCGGGGUCUCUGAAGGCGGAGCCUGCAACAUCAACAUCUGAGUCAAACUGAAACCUGCUCUGGUCUGAUUUUUUUAGACAAGCAGUUUGUGCAAGAGAUGGCCAUUUGUUUGUGUUCGGUUUGUAGGUGAAGACUCUCUUCCUGUCCUGCUGUCAUGAACACCACAGCCUGCUUCCCUCCUACACAGAACAGCUUUACAUUUAAAGAUUAAAAAAAAAUAUAUAUAUAUGUUUUAAAAACAGUCGAAUAAGAAAUUCUGCUGUUCAUCGAUGUAACAGUAAUUGGUUUAACAAUAUAUUUUCUUUUAUUCUUAUUUUUUUUAAAGCUGUCAUUGCUCUAGCUUAUAAUAAAACCAGUGUCUUAUCAUUGGGUAAUCAUUAGUGUUGUAACUAGGUAGAGAUGUAAUAGCUUAUAAAGUAUGGUUACAGUGCUGUAACAGAUGUGAUGAAUUACUCAGAAAGAGAAUAUUAAAAGGUUUCUGAAAAGGUUUUUUUCUUCUUCUGAAGAGGGAAAAGUAUAAUCCUAAGAAGAUUUGUUUUAAACUUUAAAGCAAAGGUGAGUUUCUACGAGGAACACGAAGAUGUCCAUGUCAAUUUAACAAUUUAGUUGGAUCAUCUGAUAGCUACAGCAAAACUCAUGCAGCCUCAGAACCGCCCACAGGAUAUGUUUAUCCGUUCAGAGAUGGUGUUAACAUGAACACGGAACUUUGGUUUGUUUUUGUUGUAUUUUUUCAUUAGUUUUUCAGAGAAAAAGUGAUGAAGUUCUUCAUUUUAGUCACGGUGUUGGUUUCACAGAUUGGUAAGUCAAUGGCGAAUAGCCAACCUCGGAUCACUAACUCUCGACUCGACGUGUUAUUUAUUUAUACUUGUUCUUAAAGUCGUCUUAACUGUGUGACAUUAGGGCUGUACAAUGAAUCGCAUUUUAGUUUCGGUUUCGAUUUACAACUACUAUAAAAACGUGUGCGUAGUUUGUGUAUGUGCAUAACCAACACUGCCGAUUCCUUCCAUAAUGCCAUAGCCCUGCAUCCUGAGAGCCCUGCAAAUAAAGAAAUACAUAACGAAGUGCAUUGAUUCAGCAUUAACGUUGUCAUAAGAAUGGACAUGCAUUUUUUUUAAUACUCUGCAUUAUUCUCUCCCACACAUAACAUUCAUCUCUCAACCACCCACACAUACUCACCUGCCCUCCACACAAAACACUCUCACAUACAUAUAUCUUUAAUAAUAUACACUGAUCACAGUGACUUGGUUGAGCAACCACAUCAUUUUACCGUGUCUUGAUAACUCUGUGUAUGUGACCGAUUACCUUAACAACUUUCUCACAUAGUGUUCGUCAUUGUUUGUCGAUGUUGAUUUGUUAUGUUUUACAUUCUACACAUUUUCGGUCCAAACCUGAUGCAGAGAAGUUCUGCUGAGAAUCAGAGGAAGCAAUAUUUUUGUUGUUUGUUUUUUUUGAGUAUCCCGAGGACCUGGACACAUUCAUAUCAAAUUCUCUUGAUGAACAAGGCCUGCAUAUGUUCAUCUGAUUCAUGAUAGUUGAAACAUGUCUUUUGUUGAACAUAUAUUUUUGUAAGAUUAUAAAUGUAAUUAUUUUUGUAAAAUAAGAAAUAUAAAAAUGCCCAGUGAUGAUAGAUUUAGUUUGGGCCAUUUUACACUUUUUUUUUUUUAACAAAUUUUUUUAAAAAUUUUCUUCUGGGAACAGUAGUAAAAAAACAAAAAGCAACUGUGCAAAUUUAGAACCCACCCCCUGGUAGACUUAAACAAUUAUAAUAAUAAAUAAAUAAAAUAAAAUGAAUAAAUAAAUAAUAAUUAAAAUUAAAUAAACUAAUAUUAAUAGAUAAGUAAUAAAAUAAGUUUUACUAAGAUUUUAGAAAAGAUGACAACAUGUACAGUACUUCUAUGGCAUCGUGAAGCACCUUUAUUUUUAGGAGUGUAACCAUCCUUUACGAAAAUAAGAAAACAUUUAUUAGUGAAAUGAAAGAUAAAAUUGUUUUAUUCAGAUCCUUGAAACUGCUAUAAUUGCUUUAACAUACUUCCUGGUUUCGCCGGAAUGGGGAUGGGGAAUCACAAGGAGAUGUAUAAUUGGACUGGACGCUGUACAAUGUACACAGGGUUCCCACGGGUCCUUGAAAUCCUUGAAAGUUUGUGAAUCUGAUUAAAAAUGUUCAAGGCCCUGGGAAGUUUUUGAAAAUAAACAAACAUGGAUACAGGUCCUUGAAAAUUCCAUAUUAUUCCCUCCGGUCCGCUAAUGUGUUAUUUCGCCAACACUUUGUGGCCUAUGCAUACUAGCUUGCUUGAUUUACGUUGCACAUUUAUGCGUUACGUUAAGUGUUUCCCACGUGAGGUACUUUGUGUUGUUCGUUACCAUGACGUUCACAAGAAACUACUAAGAUGGUACCUCAACGUUUCACAGACACACCGUGAAACAUUGCAAAAAUAGGCUGAAACCGCUGAAACGUGAUGCCUGGAAAAUGCACGUUUCAAGAUAUUUGGCUCACCAAAGAAGAUUACAAAGAAUGGCUUGCCGGAGAUCCAAAGGAUGUAAUGGUGUUGUUGCAGACAGUGUUUUAGUGUCUGUGAUGGAGGGAGAUUCAGUCACUUUACACACUGAUGUUAAAGCAAACCAACAAGAAAAGAUUAAAUGGUUUUUUAAUGACACUCGCAUAGCGCAAAUCGGUGAUCUCAGUAAAACCUGUACAGACGUCCAGUGUAAUAAAGACACUGAAAGAUUCAGAGACAGACUGAAACUGGACAAUCAGACUGGAUCUCUGACCAUCACAAACAUCACAAUCACAGACUCUGGACUCUAUAAACUACAGAUCAUCAGCAGCAGCAGCAUGAGUGAAAAAGUCUUUCGAGUCAUUGCUCAGGAGACGGAUAAAACGAAGACCAAGACAGUGAACGAGGGAGAAUCUGUCACUUUAGAUCCUGGUGUAAUAAAAAACACAAAUGAUUUGAUGACGUGGUAUUUUAAUGAUACUCUCAUCGCUGAAAUUGCUAGAGAUCCCAGUAAGAUCUCUACAGAUGGGGACUUUGAAGAUGCUGAUGGGAGAUUCAGAGACAGACUGAAGCUGGAUCAUCAGACUGGAUCUCUGACCAUCAUGAACAUCACAAACACAGACUCUGGACUUUAUCAUCUUGAGAUCAUUGCCAACAGCAGCAGCAUCCGUCGUCAGUACAGCAUCAGAAUCAUCAUCGAAAAGAGCCAUAGUGGGACUGGCUCUGGAGUAUGUGUUGGUGUGUUGGUGUUCUGGUGGUUGCAGGUGUAACAGGAUAGUGGUGUAGAGAACUCAUCUGUUCAAAGGACAUCCUCUAUUUAUCUUAAAAUAUUCAAACGGCUGUCCUGUAAUCGCACAGCGGAACAGUGUCAUUUACGGUACAGUUUAAAAAUCAUUGUAAUUUUAACCGUAAAAACUGUUUUGAUGUAAACCUGUUAUGUUCUCUUACAGAACUGGUUUGUCCUGUAGCCAAUACUGUAUAUUUUCAUAAGCUCUUCAGCUCAUAAGCUCAUAAGUUAUUUUUAUUGAACCCUUCAAAGAGUUUGAAUCCCUGAUAGAACCUUUUCUUCUAAUAGUGUAGUAGCCUACAGAAGAUGACAAUGUGAUUUAGUUCAUCGCAUUCAAUAGACUGAAGUUUCUGCGUGUGUGUGCGUGUUUUUGUGACACAUGAGGACAUACAUUCGUAUAAUGACAAGGGUAUGACAGGUAUUACAAGGAGAAGGUGACUUUUCAUAACAUUACCCCAUAUCCCCACUUUUCAAAACGCUUAUAAAUCACACAGAAUGGAGUGUAUUGAAAAUCUGAAAUAGCACAAAGUUUCCUGUAAGGUGUAGGGUUAGGUAGGACAAUAGCACAUACAGUUUGUACAAUAUAUAAACCAUUACGCUAUGGAAUGUCCCUGCUUUUCACAAAAACAAACGUGUGUGUGUGUGUGUGUGUGUAACUGAUGGUGUGUGUGUAACUAGUCUGCACAGCGGAACAGUAUCAUUUACGGUACAAUGUAAAAAUAAUUGUAAUUUUAACUGUAAAAACUGUCUUUUAACUGCUGUAAACCUGUUACGUUCUCUUACUAUAUAUGGCAACUGCUUUGUAUUUCUGUGUAUUAUACUGUGUGCACCUUCUGUAGCCAAUACUAUAUAUUUUCAUAAGCUCAUUAUAAAAUUAUUGUUACAAAAUAGGACAAAAAAAAAUUGUUAGUAGCAGUAGUCUAAUUUAACUACAUCAUACUGAUGACUUUCUGUGGCAUUACUUGUAAUAUUGUUCAUAUUAAAAUGCAUAAUUGUUAUUAAUAAAUGUUGUACGUAAUUGUUGUUAUUUCUGUUUAAUUGUAGACCUAAAAUGUUAACAAUACAUUUUCUUAAUACAUCCUUGAAAUGAGAAAUCUCACAUCCAUUUGUGCCCGAACCCUUUGAGCGCCCCCUAGUGCUCGCACACAGAUUAUUCUCUUCAGAAGCCGCCUGUCUCU